CCUCUACAGCGAUAGCAGUGCCACCAGUCCACUGCUCGGUUGCCCGUCAGUGAUUCCUCAAAACACUGAAUCUUUACGCUUCCAUCACUUGCGCACUGGCAGAACCCUUUCUCGUAUUCCGGGGCACAAUGAAGGCCGCGACGCGUCGUUAUGCUUGGUCGACCGUACUGAUCCUUGUCGUAGGGCGCUCAUUCGGGUGGAACUGGAAUCCCGCUGACGACCAUCCCUGCAACAUCGUCCGUCUUUCGUUUACAGAUCUUUAUCAGCGCUUUGGACCGGACGGUGUGCCACCUUUACACCAUGAACCUUUGAUUCUCGUUCCCGACGCAUCCGUCCCUGGACGGAACGCUUACUUUAGACAACGUACCCUCCUCCAAGCCCUUCCGCAAAAUUUUGAGCCAAACUUUCUGGUAACGUUAUCCAGUUCCAACUCCCUGUCGGAACAUCGGCGAACGGUUGCUCUAAAGACGUACUUGAACGAGACGGUCGCUAAGGGUGAGACCUUUCCGGAUCGACCUUCUAACGAAAGCUGGUACCUGUUUGGUGAAACCUACUCGGACGAAUGGAAAACGUUGCUGAAAGACUACGAGUUACCGCCCUGUCGAACUUGUACGGACGAAUGGGUGGCACUCUCGUUCGGCAUUGGCAACCGUGGGUCCGGAGUCCAGUGGCACGUUCACGGACCAGGCUUUUCCGAAGCCGUACACGGUCGCAAACACUGGAUUCUCUAUCCGCCAUACCGCAAACCAGUGCACGAUAAGGAUCAGAGCAGUCGACAAUGGAUGGAGUACGUCUACGCUGCGGCAUCUGCCCGGCCGUACGAAUGUUCCCGUAAGUACCCGUGCAAUGCGUCCACCAAUGUUUCGGGAUAUAACAUUCAAUCUCAAUGA